AUGCUCUCCCUCUCCUACAUCGUCGCCCUCGUCGCCCUAACCAUCUUCGCCUGGGGGCCCGUGGCGCGCCUCCUCGGCCUCGGCGACGGCAGCCCCGGAUAUACCGGGAGCGACAGCACCUCACCAUCAUCAUCAUCAUCAUCAUCAUCAUCAUCGCCCCGCAGCCGCCACCCGCGCCCGAACCUCAACGCGUCCCUCAUCGCCCUCGAAGACGACGACGACGACGACGACGACGACGUCUUCUCCUCCUCCUCCACCACCACCACCUCCUGCCCGCCCGCCACCUACGCCACCCACGUGGUGUCGCGGGCGCCGCUGGUGCUGUACCUGGAAGGGUUCGUGUCGGCCGCCGAGCGCGCGCACCUGCUGUCCCUGGCGGCGGGCGCCUACGAGCCGUCGACGGUGACGGACGACGCCGGGACGCUGCGGCGCGACGAGUCGGUGCGCCUGUCGGACGUGGCCGUGGUCGAGCGCACCCCCGCCACGCGCUGCGUCGAGGCCCGCGCCCGCGCCCUGCAGGGCUGGCGCGACGAGCUGUGGCUCGAGCGCCUGCGCGUGCAGAGGUACGGCGUCGGGGGCAAGUAUGGGCACCACUUUGACUUGUGUGAUAUGAGUGAGAUGGGAAUGGAUGCCCGCCACGGCUACGGCCGCGUCAGCAGCAUGAUGGUCUGGCUCGACGACGGCAACGGCACCCUUGUCGGCGGCGGCACCGAGUUCCCGCUGCUGCGGCGGCCCGGCGCCGACGCGAGGUGGUGCCGAUUCAUCGAGUGUCCCGAGGAGGGCAACGAUAAGGCGUCCAAACAGCAGCAGCCGCAGCGGGGCGUCGUCUUCAAGCCCGUCCUCGGCAACGCCGUCUACUGGGAAAACUUCCCGCCGGGCACCGUGGCCGGCCCGGGAUACGACGAGUCGUGGCACGCCGGCCUGCCAGUCGAGGCGGGGGUCAAGGUCGGAUUGAACAUUUGGAGCUUGGGCAGGUUAGACUAGGUAGUUUGGAGGUAGAGCGCUGGCUUUAUAUAAGCAAAUUGAUCUUUUGGCGGACCACGUUUCCGAGGCCAGCACUUCUCAUUUAGCUCAGGCAGGCGUAGAAUAAGAAAGGCAUACAAAAAGAGAAAACCCACUAACCAAAUGCAGAUAGGCGGAGGCGAGGAGUCGAACAACAAAAUGCAUAAAAAAGAAAGGUGCUCUCCCGCCGGGAAUUGAACCCGGGUCUCGAGCGUUGUUGGUUGACAAGCUCACAUACUAACCACUAUACGACAGGAGAUUGAUGUUACGACUCAUUGGUUGGCAUAUAGACGUGGUGUGGG